CGCCCAUCCGCUGCUUCCCGUGUCGCGCUCGUCAUCAUGGCAUCCCAGGACCACUCGAGAGAUCCCUGCCCAUGGGUCAUCCUCAACGACUUCGGCGGCGCCUUCGCCAUGGGUGCCGUCGGUGGUGGUAUCCUCUACUCCAUCAAGGGUGCGAGGAACUCCCCUCGGGGGGAGCGCCUCGCCGGUGCUAUUUCGUCCAUGAAGGCCCGUGCCCCAGUCACGGGCGGUAACUUUGGCGUCUGGGGUGGCAUGUUCUCGACGUUUGACUGCGCCGUCAAGGGCGUACGACAAAAGGAGGACGCGUGGAACGCGAUUAUCUCUGGCUUUAUGACUGGUGGAUGCUUGGCAGCACGGAGCGGUCCCCGAGGCGCUUUCGGCUCAGCAGUAGCUUGUGGUAUCCUACUAGGAGUGUUCGAGGGCUUCAACGUACUGCUCAACAGGGUAUUCAGCGAGGGCCAGCGGCCACAGAUGGCACCAGCACCACUGCCUGCACCGAUGCCAUCCUCCCAGUCAUAACCCAUCUAGACCUACAUUGCCACCUCAUGAUUACUACACUAUACGUCGCAUGCUACCACACUGUGUCAUUAAUCCACCAUUCUCUGCAAAAAAGCUGUAUACCCAUGCGAUUCCCAA